AUGAAUAUCUUGAUUGUAAUUAUUAUUAUUAUAAUAACAAUAAGUUUUUCCCUUGGUAAUGUGAAUGAAUGUUAUGCAAAUUGCUUCAAAAAGAAUACUAGAUACUGUGGAAAGGAUCAAUUUCUUUGUGAUGUAGUUGUUGGUAAAUGCCAAGAAAGUUGUAAUAUUGAAUUUGGUAUUGAACAAAAAUAA